AUGAUUGCUCAAAAUAUAUUAGCAACAAUGUCUUUCUCACAUAUGUUUACUGCUUUUCUUUUCUCUUUGAUUGUGUGUUUGGUCAUUUCUGAAUGUCACGCUGAUGUUAAUGCUAAUGCUAGCCAUAUAUCAAAAUUAGUGAUUGAUGCACGUACUAGAAGGCCUAUUCCAGACACAUUCUUUGGAGCAUUUUUUGAGGAAAUUAAUCAUGCAGGAGCUGGGGGAUUGUGGGCAGAACUUGUGGAUAAUAGAGGUUUUGAAGCAGGGGGUUCCAAUGUUUCAUCAAAUAUCAAUCCAUGGAUAAUUAUUGGAGAUAAUUCAUCAUCGAUUAUCGUAUCAACUGAUCGUUCAUCUUGUUUUGAGUGUAAUAAGGUUGCUUUACGUUCAGAUGUUCUUUGUCAAGGACAAUCAUGUCCACUUGGUGGUGUUGGUAUCUCCAAUCCUGGAUUUUGGGGCAUGAACAUUGAGCAAGGGAAAAAGUAUAAAGUGGUGUUCUAUGUUAGAUCACUUGGUCCUAUUAAUUUACAAGUUUCAUUUAUCGGAUCUGAUGAUGGAGUAAAAUUGGCUUCAACAAACAUAAGUGCUUUUGGAGUUAAUGUUACAAAGUGGAGUAGGAUGGAGACAAUUCUUGAAGCUAAUGGUACAAAUCAUAAUUCAAGUCUACAAAUAACAACAAGCAAUAGAGGGGUAGUAUGGUUAGAUCAAGUGUCAGCUAUGCCCUUGGAUACAUAUAAGGGUCAUGGUUUUCGAAGCGAUCUUUAUCAAAUGGCGGCGGAUCUCAAGCCAAAAACUUUUAGAUUCCCAGGUGGUUGUUAUGUAGAAGGAGAUUAUCUGAGAAAUGCAUUUAGAUGGAAAGAUACAGUUGGACCAUGGGAAGAGAGACCUGGCCACUUUAAUGACAUAUGGAAUUAUUGGACUGAUGAUGGAUUUGGUUAUUUUGAGGGGCUUCAACUAUCAGAGGAUCUUGGUGCAUUCCCAGUGUGGGUGUUUAACAGUGGUAUUAGCCAUCAUGAUGAAGUUAAUACGUCUGAUAUUUCACCAUUUGUGCAAGAAGCCCUAGAUGGUAUUGAGUUUGCUAGAGGUUCUUCCACAUCACAAUGGGGUUCUCUUAGAGCUUCCAUGGGACAUCCUGAGCCAUUUGAUUUGAGAUUUGUUGCCAUUGGAAAUGAAGACUGUCAUAAAUAUAACUAUCUAGGAAACUACCUAAAGUUCUAUGAAGCUAUAAAACAUGAUUAUCCUGAUAUUCAAAUUAUCUCAAAUUGUGACGGUUCUAUACAUCAAUUAGAUCACCCAGCAGAUCUCUAUGAUUUUAUGUAAUAGUCUUUCUUUUUUUUUAUUUAUACAGAUUCUAAGGACAUGUUUUCCGAUUAUACCAAGUUCGAUAACGCACCAAGAUCCGGUCCAAAGGCAUUUGUUAGUGAGUAUGCUGUUUGGAAGGAAGAUGCUGGUGCUGGAAGCCUUUAUGCAGCUGUUGCUGAAGCUGCAUUUCUCAUUGGGCUUGAAAAGAAUAGGUGGAUACCAGAUGCAAUUGUUUUUAACUCUUAUCAGAAUUAUGGAACUCCAAGUUAUUGGCUACAACAACUCUUUAUUGAAUCUAGUGGAGCAACAUUGCUUAAUUCAACUCUUCAAAAUUCUUCUAGCUCAAUUGUUGCAUCCGCAAUUGAGUAUAAAAAUUCUCAAGAUGGGAAGAAUUAUCUAAGAGUAAAGGUAGUCAACUUUGGAAAUGCCACUGAGAACUUCAUGAUUUCAAUAAAUGGUUUAAAUUCAAUUGUUCAAUCGUCUAAUUCAUCAAUGGUGGUGCUUACGUCCUCCAAUAGAAUGGAUGAGAAUUCCUUCUCGGAGCCAAAUAAGAUUGUGCCCCAAAGAACUGCACUUGGAAAUGCAAGCAAUGACAUGGAUGUUAGACUUCCUCCUUAUUCAGUUACAUCAUUUGAUCUAUCAAUCUAAAAUACGAUGGUUGGAUGUUGUUUUGUAUUUUGAAAGAAGGGCGUAAUGUUGCUUAGAGUCGAAAUUGGGAGAAAUGUAUACAUUUCUCGGUUCAAAAAAUGUAUAUAUUUUUAUUUCAUAAAUAAAUUAUUUCACCUUUUUGUACCAACUUUUUUUAUUUCUCCUUUAUCUUAAUGUUGAUAUUCACUA